AUCAAGACACGCCUACAGCGGAAGUGCGCCAAACUGGGUUUCCUGUCAUUUUUAUUUUGGUUAAUUACUGAUACACUUGUUUAUUUUUCUUUAAGGAAAGCCUUCAGACAAGCUCAGCAUACUUUUAAUCUCUGAAACGGACAAAAGUGCGUUACAUGAAGAUUCCACGAAUGUCACUACAAGAGUUUUAAUUAGUUCGCUGAUUUUUGCAAGCUAGCUGACUAAGCUGUCACUUGAGCCGUUAGCCUGCUAGCCUAAUGGUCAGGUGUUAAUGCAACUUGCUGCAAACAGAAAAUACCGAAAUCACUUUCGCCUGUUAAAUCGUGCGUAUGAAAGAUGAUUUUCUUGGUCAGAUUUAACUGAACCGGUUGUCAAAACGUUCAGGUUACUGCAAGCAUAGCCAGCUAGCUUGUGAAGUCGUUAUAGAGCUAACUAACCCAGUGCAGGGAGUUUGCUCUUUUACUGCCUUGUAUUGCUUCUCAGAUUACCACAUCUCUUUCUUCUAAUUUAUAUUUUGCUCUAACUCGUAGUCUUUGGUUUUUUAGAAUUGAGAUGCUGGCACCACCAAUCCCUACCAUCAUGCCGGCUCUUCUGGAGAGGCCUAAACUGUCUAAUGCCAUGGCACGUGCCUUGCACAAGCACAUUAUGAGAGAACGGGAGCGAAAGAGGCAAGAGGAAGAAGAGGUUGACAAAAUGAUGGAGCAGAAACUAAAAGAAGAGGAAGAGAGAAAGAGGAAGAAGGAGAUGGAGGAGCGAAUGUCCUUAGAGGAAACAAAAGAGCAGAUUAUGAAGAUGGGAGUGAAGCUGCAGGGUCUUCAAGAGGAAAAGCACCAGCUUUUUCUCCAGCUGAAGAAAGUCCUACAUGAGGAGGAGAAAAGACGUCGGAAAGAACAGAGUGACAUGACAACUCUGACUUCGGCAACAUACCAACCAAACAUGGCCAUUCACACUGGACAGCACCUUCUCAGCAUGCAAGCGGGUCAGGUUAGUCAUGGGCGUCCAGGUGCUCUUCUUGGGGAACGCAGUAAACAGCUCUUUCAAUCUCCAGUCAUUCCUACGCGUCAUUUCCAGUCUCAGCCGGGAUUCAGUGCAGGUGGAUCAGAGCAUGGCCAGUAUUCUGGAGCCCAGCCGAGUCACAGCCCGUAUGGAGUCAGCCAGCCGCAGCAUACAUCACCUUUUGCCUCCAGUCAGCCGGUGCCAGCCAACUAUGCCAGUGGUUCACAGCUUAGAGGUGCAUCAGCAUUCCAGGCCAUGCAGUACCUGCCCCAUCAGCAGCAGGGCUAUCCGGUCCAUAGUCACUUCACCUCUCAGCCAGGUUACAUCCCUAGUGCUGGGAUUCCCCUGCAGAAGCAGUUGGAACAUGCUAACCAGCAGUCUGGCUUCACAGACUCAAGUCCAUUGAGACCCAUGCAUCCGCAGGCUCUGCAUGUCAGCGCUGCAGGUUUGCUGCCUACUCCCUCUAUUGCUGUGCAGAUCCCUCCUGGCAAGUCUGGUUUACCAUAUGCACAUCCACCAAGGCCAGCUUCCCCAGGCGCAUUCACGCAUGGAACGCCCUCACAACAAGCUCAUGCAGCCACAUUUCAGAGCUCUUCUCAACCAACCCCUCGCCAUACCUACCUUUCUCACAGCCAACCAGGGCAGAGGUUUUACCACCAUGGCAAAUAGCCAUUUAUUUCAGGCUAAUGCAGAAUGUUAGGGUGUGGAGAUAAAAUUCACCACUUACACUUUGAAGGCUUUUGGAUUACAGCUACAUAGCACACAACGCUUGGCAUCAUAGUGUUAUGACGUAGACCACAUGACUAUAUUACUGUCACAUGCAAGUCAUUUUAUCUGUUAUUCUUCAGCUGUUAGACCUCCCUUUGUAACAGGGUAUGCCAUUUAUGUCAAUAUUACAGUGGGAUGUGUCUGAGAGUUUCUUUUAUGCAUUUGAAGACAUCGGCAACAGCUGUGCCAACAUUGACAACAUUAUAAUACUACCACUAAAUGACACAACUAGAGUUAAAUCUGGUUUUUAAACAAACUAAACAAUGUAGGAACAGAUUAGAAGACUAUAUUUCCAUGUUCUGUAACAGACCUCCCACUCAGGGCCGUCUAUAACUUGCAUUAACAUUGAUGAAUGCACCUUUUCCCUAAUUCAAAGAACAGGGAAAUAAUAUUUUCAUAUGAUUUUAAAUUGUAAAUGUAAUGUUUUUAGCCAACCAACUGAAUUUCACAAAAUUGCACUUAAAAAUAUGAAUUUUAUUAAUAAUCUGUUUAAAAGAGCUUGUUAAAAUAGUAAUAAAUAGUUGUGUAGAAAAAAAAA